GCCGUGGCCUGCCUGACUGAUCUGCUGCGGUCCUGUCAUCCCGACUUUUUUUCAGAUGGCCACCGUCCUAUCUUAACACUGCGUAUGAAGUACACUAACCCGCCCUCGGAACCGUCCUGGUGGUCCGCUAGUAGAUCCAUCCAAUAUCCAUCAGUCUAAACUAAAAGCUCAGGGUAGCUUUUUUGUACCUGUCCCAAUAUCCUGCCACAUCGGCACCCUCUCCUGUCUAACCUCCACACACCCGUUGCUCCUUCCCAGUCGUUCUCCUUCGUGCUCGCUGUGACGUUUAUACCAACCGAGGUGCCCUCCCGGUCCCGUCUCUUGCGUGGCGUCAUCGACACAGCAACUCCGGAUUCGCUCUAAGAAGUGAGAGUUGUUGGUGCCGCUCGCCGCCCACCCUUGCGUCAGCAUCAGCGUCAGAGAACCCGGGGUUGAGCGAGGUACAAGAAUCCCUGAACACAGGGAGUCGUCCCUGCAGACAACUGCAGACAACCGGUGACACCACACACUACAGCUGGGCCUUGAUCCCGCCGAUUGAUACCCCCCCGAGCCAGCGGAUCCAAAGCAACAAGAUCGCCCUACGGACCACUCAUCACUGACGUUGCCGUUGGCUGGUCAGGUUGAUCACCUCCCUGCUAUAGGCGAGAACAUAUUCCCAACGCUCGGUCCUGGGUCUGCACGGAGUGCUUUGGUGCUUUGGGUGCGUUGCUGAAAGCUCCAUCUCACGGCCCGCUAGAGCUCCGACUGGACGUCUCUCCCGCAGCUCCGCGCGCUUGUGCCCCUAAACCCCCGGCCUCGCAGCCCCCAAAAUCGUCGGCCAAGCACCCCCCCCCUCCCCCAAGAAGGACCCGGCACCAAAGCACCCCUGAUUACAAGCCGCGUGCUCGUCCUCGAGUCUUUUUUUCCCUAGGGAUCUUGCGAAGGAGAAACAAACUGACAGCAAAAUACCCGGUGACCGCAGGGAGAGAGAAAUCGCAUCAUUUCCCUUCAUCUCCCUUCAUUCUCGUUCAUUUCUUUUGCCAUCUUAUUUCAGACCAGCCCGCGGGUCCAGUCGAUUCUCGCUGCAUGCAGCCGCACUUGGGGCUCCAGUCUGUGUCGAUUCCGCCUGUUUGGCGUCCCGUGAGGAGUCGGAGCUGCGAGCUUCAGGUUUGACUUGCUACAUCAUAUCUCAACCUGGCAUUUCGAAAACAAAUAAGGCAGCCUUCAAAGGAAACGCGCGAGAUCCCUACUCACCUAGCCAGCGUCUGUUUCCUUUCUUUCCUCUCAACACAUCAACCACGACUGCUGGGGGACAUCACUCAGUGUCGAAUCUUUCACAACAUACACAAUGCCGUCGAGGUUUACCUAUCAGCCCGUCUCUCUUCUUUGGUGGAGGAGCGAAAGAGUGACAAUGCCCAGAUGGGUGGUGGUUGCGGAUUGUCUGAGUGGUACCCAAUUUGUCCACAAUGAAUGGAUUGAGAGCUAUGAUCCGACAAUCGAGGAUUCAUACAGGACGCAGGUGACUGUUGAUGGACGGCAAGUAGUACUCGAGAUCCUCGACACUGCAGGAACAGACCAAUUCGUCGCUAUGCGCGACCUGUUUCUCAAAUCGGGGCAAGGGUUUCUUCUAGUCUUUAGCAUCGCCUCCCGCAGCUCGUUUGAUGAGCUCGCGACCUUGAGAGAAGAGAUUCUCCGCAUCAAAGACGACGACACGGUCCCGAUUGUGAUGGUGGGCAACAAGGCCGAUUUGGAAGAUCAGAGGGCGGUGGACAGGGCGAGGGCGUUUGGGGUUUCGAGGAGUUGGAACGCGCCGUAUUAUGAGAGCAGUGCCAGGACGAGGACGAAUGUGGACGAGGUGUUUAUCGAUCUUUGUCGGCAGCUGUGCAGGAGGGAAGACAUGCUGGAGGAGCAGGCGAGGGAUGAAUUGGGGCAGAAGAUGAGUGAUGAGGCGGCGAAGAAGAGGAGGAGGAGGAGGAGGAGGAAGGAGAAGUGUGUAAUUCUUUGAGAGGUGGGGGUCAUGGAUUGGGGAAGGGACUACGAGGGUUUUGAAACAUGUGGAAUGAAGCUAUGCUAUGAUUGGGAUUGGCGAGGUAGUUGGGUGGGCGGGAUAUUUAUCUUAAUUAUACUUGUGUGUUUAUCAUGAACGACACUCUUGGGGCCAGAUGGGGAGGCGCGAGUCGUUUGGGUUUUCUGGAAUCUUUGCACAGUUUUAUAUGCUGGGGGAUUUUCUUUCUCGUUGUUGGUGUCUACUUCUUUCCCCUGAAUAGCCAAACAACCACCUUUGACUAAAC